AUGAUACAGUCAGAAGCAUGGAUGAGAGAACGAGACGAAGAACUCAGGGAAGAAGUAAGGAGAAUGUUCCAGGACAAUUACGAUGUGACACAAACCAUGCAUUUGAUCGAUACGAUUCAGCUUCUUGGACUCGAUUACCACUUCGAGGAGGAACUAACCGAAGCUUUGAAACGAGUCUAUGAUGCCGAUAGCGCCAACGAUGGACUGUACGAGGUUUCACUCAGAUUCCGACUGCUUAGAGAGAAAGGAUACAGCGUGACCUCCGAUGUCUUCAGCAAGUUCAAGGAUGAGGGAGGGAGCUUCUCAACAACCUUGACUGAGGAUGUAAAAGGGCUGCUAAGCUUAUACAACGCGGCUUACCUUGGAACUCACGGAGAGACCAUACUUGAUGAAGCUAUUUCUUUCACGCGGACUCACCUUACAUCCAUGGUUCAUGAUCUCAACCCACCUAUGGCAACGCUAGUGUCUCUUGCCCUCGAGACCCCUCUUCGCAGAAGCAUAAAAAGGCUUUUCGCAAGGCAUUACAUCUCCAUCUACCAGGAGGAGCCAACACGAAACGAUAAGAUCCUAGAGCUCGCAAAGCUGGACUUCCAUAUACUGCAAUCUCUUCAUCGUCGAGAGCUUAAGGACGUCUGCAUGCAAGUCUUCUUUAUACGGUGGGACUUUGAGGCUGUUGAUCAGCUCCCGGAGUACUUAAAGGACUUCUUUCUCAAGCUUCUAUUCGCUGUUCGAGAAUUCGAAACUGAGCUUGCAGCGGAGGAGAAGUUUAGGAUAUUUUACCUCAAGGAAGCAUUGAAGUCUCAAGCUAGAGCUUAUUUUGAGGAAUCCAGAUGGAGGGAUGAGAAAUAUGUGCCCACAUUAGAAGAACACCUGGGUGUUUCCAAGAUGAGCACCACGUAUCCCUUGCUUGCUUCUGCCAUUUUGGUUGGCAUGGGGGAAGUCGCAACCAAGGAAGCAUUUGAAUGGGCUGCCAGCUUUCCCAAGAUCGUCGACGCUUCUUCUGCAAUCGGUCGAAUAAUGAAUGACAUCACUUCGUAUGAGAGAGAAGGGAAGAGGGAACAUGUUGUCUCCACAGUACACUGCUGCAUGAAAGAGUAUGGAACAUCCAUAGACGAUGCAUGCAAGAAGCUCCAAGAAAUGGUGGAAGACGCAUGGAAGGAUAUAAACCAGGAGUGCCUCAAUCCGACCACAUUCCUCGCCCCGCUACUCCAAACGUCACUCUAUUUUACACGAAUCUUAGAGAACGUGUACAAGUACAUCGAUGCAUACACCGAAUCUAACACUACAAUGAGAGAGUGCAUCUCCUUGUUGCUUCUUCAACCUGUUCCUAUAUGAUCGUGUCAUCCAUAGUAUGAAGCAUUUUCCUUUUUGUAUCGUAAU